UACCAACCAAAGCACAGCAAAAACAGCAAGCCUCAACUCAUAUUCUCACUACUCAAAUCUUCAUUAUCUCUUAAUUAAGCUUCAUUUAAUGGCUACUUCUAGUUUAGUAGUAGUACAACUACUAAUGGUCUCUUUAUUAGCAAGCACUUUUGCAUUAAGCUCUGCUGCUGGCCGUAGUUUCGACAAAGAUUUUGAUAUCACUUGGGGUGAUGGUCGUGGUAAGAUACUCAACAAUGGACAACUCCUUAGUCUGUCUCUAGAUCAAGCCUCUGGUUCUGGUUUCCAAUCCAAAGACGAAUAUCUGUUUGGUAAGAUUGAUAUGCAGCUUAAGCUUGUCUCUGGCAACUCAGCUGGCACCGUCACUGCCUACUAUUUGUCGUCGCAAGGGCCAACACACGAUGAAAUCGACUUUGAAUUCUUGGGGAACUUGAGUGGAGAUCCUUACACUCUUCAUACAAAUGUGUUCAGUCAAGGGAAAGGGAACAAAGAGCAACAGUUUCAUCUUUGGUUCGACCCAACUGCCGAUUUCCACAAAUACUCUAUCCUUUGGAAUCCCCAACGCAUUGUCUUUUCAGUGGAUGAUACUCCAAUUAGAGAAUUCAAGAACUCUGAAUCCAUCGGCGUUCCAUUCCCAAAGAACCAACCGAUGAGAAUCUACUCUAGCCUGUGGAAUGCUGACGAUUGGGCUACAAGAGGUGGUCUCGUCAAGACCGACUGGACCAAUGCACCUUUCACCGCCUCGUAUCAAAACUUCAACGCCGAAGCAUGUGUUCCAUCUUCAGGUGAUUCUUCUUGUACUAGUGGUAGUCCUUCACCCAACAAGAACGCAUGGCUUACACAGGAAUUAGAUUCAACAAACCAAGGGAAAAUGAAAUGGGUUCAGAAGAAUUAUAUGAUCUAUGACUACUGUAAGGACACGAAAAGAUUCCCGGAAGGCAUGCCUGUAGAAUGUGCCACCAGCAAUCUUUCCUAGAGAAAGAGAUGAGAAACAAUGACUAAAAUGAAGAUCACCCGUGCUCCAAGUUAUAGUUCAUGUAUGCUCUUUUUGUUUCCAAAUUCUUUAAUUCUUUGUAAUUGAAAUCUUCAACGUGAAAAUAUUUCAAGUGCCGUGUACUUUGUAGUUACACUUUGCAAUGUAAAAUCUGCUUUAAACCGAAAAUAAUAAAAUGAAAGUUACUUUACAUCAC